GCCAGUAAUCGAAUGGAACGCCUUGUUGGUUAUUUCGUCUCCUAAUUCUGGGCGUUAGAAGAUAUUUUUAAUGGGUUGUGUAAUAUAUAGCAGGGAAUGGUGAAAAUGGACAUCAACCUGACACACAAAAACUGUUUUUAUUUACAUUAUUUACAUAGAAGGUGAAAACAAACCAAAAUAUGCCCAACAUGGCAGAUGAAUUACUACGAGUUCAAACAGAAGGCCGCCCCACAUCUGGUUCUGGUCAUAGUAGAGGGUCAAGUGCUAGUUCCAAUGGCUCACACAAAAACAAGGAAUUACUGAAAUCAUACCAUGACUUAGCUGCUCAUUUAUUCCAUGACGGGAAAACACCGGAUACGGACACGCAGUUCCUAAUGGCUGCUAGGGAUGGAAAUUAUGAAAAAGUUUCAGAAUUUCUACAUCGAAUGAGCCAAGAGUAUAUAAACAUAGAUGGUAAAGAUGAAAGAACAGGUAACACUCCAAUAAUAUGGGCAGCCAAGCGAGGACAUACAAAAAUUGUUCAGAUAUUAUUAAAGUAUGGUGCUGAUAUCACUUUACGUAACUAUGACAACGAGUGUGCUUUGGAGGUAGCGUCAAACAGUAUUAGACAUAUUUUAUUAGAUUCUGUUGAGAGAACGGGUUGUACCCCUCGACAUUUAUUACAAGCUGCAUGGCAAGGGAAUGUCAAAGUUCUCAGGAGACUUUUGAGUGAAAGCAAGAUGUUAGACAUAAAUUGUCGUAAUGCUGAUGGUUACACACCUCUGCUUCUUGUCACAAGGGAUAUUGACCUGUUUGAGAAAAUUGGUACGAUCGUUAAAGGCUACAACCCUGCAGAAGUAGUAUCUAUUUUAGUAAGAACCAGAGCAGAUGUGUCGGCAUCUGAUUUAGAAGGCAAGACUCCAGUACAUUUUUUAUCUGGAUCACGUAGUAAAAUAUCAGGAGGAAUGGUUUCUAUGUUGCUAAAGGACUGUCCCGUUGUAGAUUCGCGAGAUACUCGUUCUUUUGCGCCCAUCCAUUCAGCUUCUCAAAGUGGUCAGGCUAAUAUUGUAGUAGCGUUAAUUGGUCGUGGAGCCGACGUUAACUGUAGAGGUUUCGCAGGUGCCACACCACUACAUGUUUCGGCUUCAUCAGGUCAUGAAAAAGUGGCUACAACAUUACUGGAACAUGGAGCUGAUAUAUUACUGGUAGAUGAUAGUGGUAAUACAGCAGUUGAUGUAGCUAAAACUAAAAAAGUGAAAUCCACAUUAAAAGAAGCAUGGGCUGAGGCUGCUGAAGCAAAGCGAGAUUCUAUCAGUUUGAGUCCAGUCAAACCCCCGUCCAGAGCGUCCAUGUUACAGUCAUUUGAUGAAAGUUUUAUACUAUCACCAACGCCUACACAAUUCACAAGGAAAAGAAUGUCGGAGGUUAUCUUCGAUGUUGAUGAUCUACCUCAUGGUGACUAUCCUUCACCAAGAAACAUAUCUCCAGGGAAGAAAAAGAUGAUUAAGAGGCUGAGUGAUGCAGAGAAGGCAAACAGAGCAGAAAUAAAGAUGAUGCAGGAGAUUGAGAAUGGUAGAUUUACACCAAGGCCAAAUCCCAGGAAGCUAGGGAUGUCACGUGCCUGCUCUCGUUGUGACUCCAGAAACAGUAUGGUAAUAACACCUAUGACAUCCACACCUGUGAUACCACCUGGAUCCCCUAACUCACCUGAAAAAAUGCCACCAAUUAGUCCAUUUGUAUCCUCUGGCUCCCCCAAUAAAAGCACUGUGAGACAAAUUGGUGAUAAGAAAUAUCGGGCCCUGAAUAGGAGUUUUGAGGAAGACGUGAUUAAAAGCAGUAAAGUUAGGGCACAUCAGAGGCUGACACAGAAAUUGUCUGACCCAACUAGGAAGUCCACUCCACAGUAUAGUCCCAUACCUGUCACUGUAUUGGGGCUAGAACUGGAUGACAAUAUGCAAGAAAUAAAAUUACAAAGAGUCAUCCAAGGUCCAAAGAAGUCUGUUUAUCAGAGUUAUUCCGACACUGAAUCAUCAUCUUACCUCAGGACGUAUCCACAGAGAACCAGGCGGUCUUUAUCGAAUCCAAGCUUUACAGACGUCACUGAAGCUUGCAAUAAUUACAUCAGGAAAGGUAAAAGAUUUUCCAAAUCCCAGUCUACUCAAGACAGUCGAGAUGAUUCCACAACACCGUCUCCUUUGCUAUCGUCAGGACAACCUACUGAUAACCCACGAUUGAAUAUACCAUACACUAUUCAGGAGGGAAAGUCCACGUCUGUUAUUCUUGAUUUAGGUCAAAUGAACGUCCGUCUGAGUACAGAAGUUUCAUUCAUUAGCAACUCCAUGUAUCCAAAUUCCAAGUCUUUGCUUCCACCGUCCCCAGCUUUCAGUCAAAAAGUCGAGACCGUUGCUCAUGACCCUGUGUUGUCAUUUCAUCCAGAGGACGUUGAAGGCGAAGCAGAACAUUCAACGAACGGUGUACACAGUAAUGGAGUAUCGAAAAAUCAAAAUGAUCAAGUGAAAUUAGCGGUACCGAAUCACUUGAAAUUAUCAAGGUCGAAAUCCAUCCUAGAUAAGACAACUCAUUUUAAUAUUGAAUCGUCACGUGUCAAAACGGAUCAGCAGGAACCAAUAUCAGUAAGAUCAAAUGAGAGCAACAGUUAUAGUUCAAGUAUCAGUUCCAUGUCAACCUCGCCAAGCCCACAGAGUUCUUUUGACAUAGCCGAUCCAAGUUCUCCAACUCAUUUGAAAAAGAAUCAGAUGACGCCUGCUGCUACUCGGAUAUUGGAGCGACCAGUGCCAAUGUCACCUGUAAAGAAAAGUGCAAAUCACACAACACUUGUAAAAACGUCUGUUGUUAAGAAAAAUGAUGUUGAAAAAAACCUUUCCAGUUCUGAACCAGUCAUAAAUCGGGGUGCUUCUAGUCUGGGGCAAGGAAAGAUCACUGUUAAUAGACGCCCAAGUGAUGGAGAUAACAAUUCACAGAGAGUUGUGAGGCGAUUAAGCAAUAGUGGGCCCAUGGUAUUAGAAUCUGUUCAUAAACGGGAGAGCCUGAUAUCUUCACAAACUCCAGUCAGCAACAAUGACAGUAGUAAUAAAAUCACUCAGGUUGUUUCAUCAAAACCGUUGACUGCUAAUAAACAGACUGUAGUUUCUAAGCCACAUGCUCAGGUAACAGUUGUUCAGCAACAAGCUCUUCCAGCAUCAACUGCUCCUCAGGCCAAAACAGCGACGACCCCAAAGACUGUACAUUUAGGAACAAACCAAACGAAUGUGACAGACAACAACAAAAAUACAAGUGUCACUACUGUUAACAAACCAAGUAACCAGCCGACCACUAAAGUUUCUGAAAAAAAGGAUGCUGCUAUAUCACGAGAAAAAACGGAACCCACAACAAGAUUGCUUUUUUCUAGGUUGUCCAAUAAAGAAGUUUCUAAAACCCCUGCAACACAGAGUAUGAAUACCCCUAGAUCAGCUGGACAGCCAAGUAAGAAUAAUGAACCUGCUAAGCAAUGCAGCAUGGGUAAUUCAUCUAGAAAAGAAAGUGCUGGUAAAAGUCCCUCACAGCCUACUAACAGGUCUGCGGGUACCUCACUUGCUUCAAAAUCUGUAGCAAAUCAGUCAAGUGUGAAGUCUGGGGGUAAAGUUACUGUGGCUAAAUCAGCAAAUACACAUAUGCAAGAUGCUGCUAAAUCAGGGCAGAAGUACAAUGGUGCCAUAGCAGAGACUAAAGCAUCUACAGAUAAGAAAGGUACUCUCACACCUCAGGAUACAUUUACUCCUCGAGCAUUGGCACAGCUGAUGCAGAGUGAUGGUAACCUCAGACCCGCAGGUGCUGCCACCUUGGAUAGCAAAUCAGGCGCUGUGACAAGCGAGCCGGCUAAACAUGCAACUGUAGUUAAGAAGGCAGAAACGAAGAAAGAUGUUGAGAGUUCACAGACAAAAGAUGUGUUAGCCAAGUCUAAGGAAAGCCAGAUAAAUAAAUGUGCCAAGAACACUGAUGAAAAGUUAUGCCUUAAAGAUGCACAGACUAAAGAGAGAAAAAGUAGUGAAAAAGAGAACAUCGUAGAUAAUGGUCUGAAAGUUUCUGAGAAUCAUCAUGCUGUAAAAGCAGAGUGCGGUGGAGCAGCUGAGGGAAUGGUAUCAAUGUUACUGGAGAAACAAGAAAAAAUACCAGUUAAAGAACAACAGAAAGAAGCUCCAGCCAGUAGUAAAGAUAUGACAGCUACAAAAAUUGAUAUGGUGAAUACACAGACAUUGAAAAUGGACAAUAAUGCUAGUAAGCUCAGAAAUGAUUCUCAAAGUUCGGACUCUAAAUUGUCUGUCAAAUCUGGUGGUGUGGAAAAUAAAUUUGCAUCUAAACCCAAAACUGAGGAAUUGCUCCGUAAAGCAGCUGAAACUUUGUCACCAUGUUCUAAAAACUCUGCUGAGGUCACGCCAGUCAUCUAUGAUAUGAUGGAAUCAAACUAUAUGCAGAAAGUUGCAAAUGAAAAGCAAGAACAAGUGAAACUUAAAGUCGAAGUUCCUGAAUCUAGGGAAAACUCAGCUGGAAAAAGAGCCCAACUUGCACUGCCUAAAAAUGUUUCCCAUCAACGCAGAAUCUCAAGUGCCAAGGAGACCACUCCAGGAAGUGCUAACAGAAAAAGUAGUGCAAAGAGAGCCUGUGCCCAGGGAUCAGCUCAAAAAUCUAAUCAGAAUCCGAAGACUCCAGCCUCAGCUGGAAAAGUUCGGAAAGUUUCAGCAAAUAAAGUUCCUCCAAAACCAACAAGUGGUAAGAAUCGAGAAAAAAGUGCAAAAGUAGAUAAACCAAAAAGUGCAAAGGGGAGGAGUAAGCCAAAAUCAGCUAAGCAAAAUCCUGAUGUUGUGACAAAAGGUCGGAAGGAAAGUGCUCAGAUUAUAAGCGAUGAAGAUGUGAAAUCUACAGCUUUUAUAACGGGACAAGGAUGGCAGAUUAAAACUGGGAGGAAUGAAACUGAUGAUGUGAUAAUAAACAAGGACCUAAUGAUGUUUGAUUCGUCAGAUUCUGAUAUGGACAUGCAGAGCGAGGACAUUACACCGAGAAUAAUAAACAAUGAUAAUGUUAUUCACGAUAAAAUGCCAGAAACUUUUGAUACUAUCAAAGAAUUUGCCGAUUCAAUAAAAGGAACUGCAGAGGAUCAGUAUGAUUCAAUGAAUAUGUCCAUUAACGAUAAAAUUAUUCAUGAAAUUCGACGUACUAUUGGAAGUAAUACGUCAAGCUCAAAAAGUGCUAGGAAUAAAAAGACAGUCCCGGUUUUGGAAGCCCCGGCUGGUGAUGGUGGGGGUGAACUGACCCCACGGUGUGGAUUCACAGACGAAAGCGAUGAUGCAUCAAGUUUCAUCUCUGAUGCUUCUUAUGAGACUAAUCCCGAUUUGAUGAAGGUUUUUUGCAUACCUGAUCAAAAUUCAGAGGUGUCGUCCAUCUGUAGCGAUGACAUUGAAGGAUGUGAGAACAUGGAAGAUGAAGUCAAGUUUGAAACUGAUUGGCUCCCCGAUGAAGCUGAAGUAAAUGUCAAAGAAAAUGCUGAAGUGAAAGUAACUGAAGAUAAAAAGAAAGUUAAAUGUACAUCAUCAAAUGUUACAGAGAAAAUCCAAAAAGAAAUGGGAAAGAAUGAAUUGCAAAACAAAAAUUCAGAAAAGGUGAAAAAUACAAAGACAGCUUCUGCCAAGAAACCACAGCCAAAAGUGCCAACAUCUACUCCUGAAAAUAAAGUUACAGCACAAAAGUCUGCUGAAAGCAGGAGACAGGGAACUGUUACUCAGCAACCAAAACCUGUUACUCAGCAACCAAAAAAUGUUGUCCUGAAAGAGAAACCAGUGGAUGAGAUUGUGAAAAAGAAGACUUCAGAAAGUUUGCAGAAGAAAUCAACGAGUGAAGCUCCAAUAAAACUGAUGACAGAAAAUGCAGAGAAAAAAUCUGUUAGCAAACCAGAGACAAAUAAUACAAAGGUUGAAAGAGCUACAAAUGAGGAGGUGAAACAAAAGGUAUCUGUAAUCAAGUCAUCUGCUGAAUCGAAGAAGACUGAUUUGAAGGAUGUUUCAACAAAAGUGGUUCAGAAACCACCAUUACCAAAGAAAGAUGGUAGUGAAUCAAGACCAAUGAGUGAAAAAACUAUGAAUAAAUCAUCUAUCAAUGAACAGAAAGUUGUUAAAAGCACCACUGCUAAAAAUGAACCUUUGCAAGAUAAUGUAGAUGAGCUUGGUGAUGAUGAUGUCUUUGGCAGUGAUGAAGUUCUAUCGCCUGAACAACAUGCAGCAAAACUGUCAGCAAUGAAUGUUGAAAAGUUACAGACACUAUUAUUGAGUCAAACUCAGGAAGGUGGUGAUCACUCCCCGGCAGUUAAAUUACACAAACCAAGCCAGAAGGAUUUUGAAUCUAUCGAUUCUAUGAACUCAUUAGCAUCAGAAUUUUUUUCUAACAGUCUUGUCCAAUCAGAGGCCAGUGAUUUAUCAGACAGAACGUUAACAGACACAAUCAAGUCUGAAACAAGGACAAUUACAAGUUCACUUGGAAAAAGAAGAUCUGCUGCUAGUAGUAUUCGUAGCGUCUGUUCCACAAAUUCUCAUGCUGAUUUUGAUGACCAGUUGAUACAUUGGAAGAAGGGACAUGUGCUCGGCAGGGGAGCUUAUGGAACAGUAUCCUGUGGAUUGACUAACACCGGUCAGCUGAUUGCUGUCAAACAAGUUGAACUGAGUGUCCGUGACAAAGAAGAUGCAGAGAAACAGUAUGAGAAACUCCAAGAAGAAGUUGACUUACUGAAGACCCUUCAGCAUGAAAACAUUGUCGGAUUCCUCGGCACUUGCUUAGAAGACAAUGUAGUAAAUAUCUUCAUGCAGUUUGUUCCCGGUGGAUCUAUAGCGCAGUUAUUGGCGAGGUUUGGCGCACUCGAAGAACCUGUCUUCUGUCGAUAUACAAAACAAAUACUGAAAGGUGUAGAAUAUCUCCAUGACAACAGUGUUAUACACAGAGACAUCAAAGGAGGCAACGUAAUGCUGAUGCCAAAUGGUGUUAUCAAAUUAAUUGAUUUUGGAUGUGCCAAGAGGCUUUGUAUCAACCUCAGUCAAAGCCAAGCAAGAUUGCUAAAGUCUAUGCGAGGAACGCCAUAUUGGAUGGCCCCAGAGGUCGUCAUGGAAACUGGGCAUGGAACUAAAUCUGAUAUAUGGAGUAUUGGAUGUACUGUAUUUGAGAUGGCGACAAGAAAACCGCCUUGGUCUGAGAUGGCUCCAAUGGCGGCCAUAUUUGCCAUCGGUUCUGGAGACAAGCCAAAACCAAAACUGCCUGAAAGGUUUUCCCAGGAAGCCAGGGACUUCGUAGCUGCGUGUAUGCAAAGGGACCAAGAUGCAAGGCUGACUGCCAAAGAAUUACAGAGUCAUCCAUUUAUAUUACGGAAACGUGAAAAAACAUCGCUGUCCGAUCCUGCCGAUGGAAGAAUAACUGAGCGUAAAAUUUUGAGGGAAGGAAACGAAUUUAAAGAAAAGAAGUCAUGACAGAAAUAAUAGGUUAUUUAUUGCUUGGAUGUGUCUAUUUAUUAUGGAGGGGGUUCAGCUAAUUGGACUAGUCCACUUCCCAUAGGGCUUCCGUUUCAGCAACAUGGGCAGCUCAUUUCAUGUUCUCAUUUGCAUAUCGAUGCAGUCAAGGAUCACACAUAAUUUUAUACAACACUAAAAAUUCACUCAGAUUUAUUUCACAAAACAGUACUCCCUGACUAAACUGUUACUACCCAGACUCCGGAACUUCUUGGGUAUUCACAGUGCCAAAAUGAACCUAUCCUGUUCCUUGUAACUGGAGCAUCUUUUAAAUUCAUAAUUUUAAAUUUUAUUAUUUACUGAAAGUAACCAUGUGCUAAGUUAUGUCAUUUUAGUGCAUUCUGGGGCAUUUAUUGAUUUGUUAGUGUCACUGAUUCCGUAGUGAUGCUAUUCAAAAUGGCUUACAAGUCUGUGUGAGUAUUGUAUAUUCAGACUCAAAAUUGAUAUUAGAUGAAA